AUGAAGAUAUCCGCCUCGGCGCCGCUUCUUCUGCUGGCGUUCAUCGCCCAGUCAGCCACCUCCCCGUUGCCGAGGAGCUGUCCCGUGGUGAGGCUGCCGAAUGGAAGGGUUCGAGCGAGGGCCAGAGGGAGGAUCAUAAGGUUCAGUUGCUACGACGGGUUCAUUCUCGUGGGCAACAAGUAUUCCACUUGCAUUCGAGGCCAGUGGGAUACACCUACGCCGAUAUGCGUCAACGCCGAAUGCCAACCGCCGCCCACAUCACCACAUGCGUUAAUGGCGCCGAAGUAUAACGGCGCAAUAAUACAGUAUUUUUGCGAGCCUGGCUACGCGUUGAUCGGCUCAGCGGAGAUUUACUGCGACGGAAGACAGUGGAACGGCACACCGCCCCAUUGCCGAGAUACCACCGCGGAGACGCCGAUUCAAUGCGAUUUCGAGAAGCCAGAUCUCUGCUGGUGGGAGCAGGAUCCCAAGCACGAUUUCGAUUGGCGACGACACAAUUUCGAGACGCCUAGCUCUCAUAUAGGAACCGGACCUACCCACGAUCACACUUUGGGACCGGAAAACGACGGAUAUUAUUUGUAUAUCGAGGCGUCCGGCCGAUUGGGGAACGACACGGCAAGAAUAAUUUCUCCCAUAUACAAGGCGUCGUACACGGAAGCAGGCUGCUUCUCCUUUUGGUACCAUAUGUACGGAGCGGCAAUGGGCAUUCUGAACAUCUAUUUCAAGCUGGAGAUGGAGAACACGUCUCGACUGAUGUUUACCAAAGAGGGCAAUCAGGGGAAUAAAUGGUUGCACGGUACAUUCAAUCUUCCGCGAUCCGAAAAGAAUUUUCAGAUCAUAAUCGAAGGCAUUCGCGGGAGCAGCUACGUAAGCGACAUCGCGAUCGACGAUGUGGCCAUUCUGCAGGGUGACAAAUGCCAGAAUACGAGCAAAUCGGAGAACGAGACCGUGACUACCGAGGGCUACGAUGACCAGGUGGAGCACGUGAACGCGCAGCAAUCAUGUCGCGGAAGAUGCAAGAAUGCCGUCACGUUCAACGUUACAACCUCACCGUUACCACCGCUGUCCGACACGUGUCUGUGCACUAUCGACUGCGCCGAACACUCGAUUUGCUGCCCGGAUUACGCUGAAUACUGUGUCUUAGCUUUCACGGAAGAGCAAACCACAGAGGCCGUGGAUGCUACCACCGCGAUCCGCGAUGCGGUUUCCGUGCUGCCAGCAAAGAAGGGCAAUAACGUGACCGAUAUCGCGACCAUACGACCGGCGGACGGCAAAGGUAUUUCCAUAUACCCGAAAGAUGAAAUCGAUCCAAUCACCGUGAGACCAUGGACGACCACCUCACUCAGCCCGAUCACGAACUCAACUGGCCCGAAAACCGAGGGACCAUUGAAUACCACACGACGGCCGAUCACGAUCGUUCCAACCGUGAAAUCUACCCCCCAGCCGAAAGAGACACCAUUUUUGGGGACCACUAGCGCUACCAGGGGUCACGUGCCAUUGGACGAGCAAUCUGAUAUACAUGAUCCAAACGCGAGGCACGGAGACUCUGAGAAAGUGCACCGCGGCGCGUCUACCGCGAAGUUCAGCAUGCCUGGUAUCAUAGGUGCCGUCGUCGGGAUUCUGACGGGUGUCACGAUUACGCUGAUGGUCGCGAUCAUCAUCGUUAGACGGCGGAAAACGUACAAACGCGGAACAAACGGAUCUGCGCUCUCAGAGGACAGCGACGUUCGGUUCUUGACGUCCGACGAGAUCUUGGACUUCACGUUGGCCAGACCGAGCGAGAACGACGACACGUAG